AUGGCAAGUGCCGACUACGAUGCCGGCGAAACGUUUGAGAAUGUAUCAAGUCCACUGUCAGAUGCUGGGAAUCAAGACGAUGAUGCCGACUACGAGGCCGGCGAAACGUCUGAGAAUGUAUCAAGUCCACGGUCAGAUGCUAUGAAAACUACUAUGGCAGACGACUUCGGACUCGAUGCGUUCUACAUAAUUUCCCUGAACACAAGACCAAGUUGCGACAACGAGGUCAACCCACUUCUAUUUAGCAGAUAUUUGGACAAAGGGCCGACUUUCCUUGUCUCUUUAACGAGUUGUGGUGUGGUGCAAACUGGCAAGGCUCACUGA